AUGAAUGGAAGCGCAGAUUCCAGCGACUGUCGUUCACCCUAUGCAAGCGGUCGAAAAGAGGGAUUUGCAGAUGUCGCCAGAUGGAUAGCGCUUGAUCCGGACAAUGAGACAUUUAUCUAUCGCAAAUUCGAUGAACUCGCGGCCCAAAAUCUACUUUAUCUACAGGCAGAGAUACUUGUUCUCGAAAAGGAACUCAACAAACUGGACGUAAAUGACGCCAACAGCGAUGAUAUGGAUUUAAGGGAUGCCAUCAGGACAUGGGAGACGCUAACGCAGCGGUAUGAUGCCAACGACGAAGAAGCGCGAUCCCGCAUGGAUCUGAUUGUAAGGAUACGUGAGAAACUGAGGGAGUACCAUGAGGCGCUCUUGUUGCAAAGCGAGAUUGCAAAGCUGAAUAAGCCCAACCAACGCGUCCUUGACGCAUACACCCAGUGGUUUAAGAAGCCGUAUCCUGCACUCGGCGGGCAGGCGAAGACCUUCCUAGAUGCGCCACAGGACCUAGAAGAGCUCUCCCGGGAUGGCCUGCACCGUAUUGGGCGAUUCAACGAGAAGUCCAUCUCUAUCGCAGUCGCAGUAAUUAGCAUUAUUGUAGCUGCGGUCCUCUUGGUUGGCUGCAUCACUGCUCUCUACUUCAUCACUAACGAUGCCGCCAAGCUCGGCAUGAUUGCUGCUUUCACCGCUGCGUUUGCUUUGAGCGUUGGCUUGAUGACGAAUGCACGUCGAGCCGAAAUAUUCGCCGCUACUGCAGCGUAUGCGGCUGUCCUUGUGGUGUUUGUGGGUGGAAAUAUAAACUCGCAGAAUGCGGCUACAGCGUGA